ACAUGUAUUUAUAACACAAACUCUGAAGCCAUGGAAAGCAAAAGAAUAGCAAGUUACAAAAAACAAGACAUGGAAGCAGAGACCUUUCAUCUGAUUGCUAACAACAACUGUGCCAUUGGAAUUUUGAGAUCCUUAAGAGACGUCCCACCAGCUCACUAUACUCUUAAAAUGGAGUCUUUCUCAUUAUUUCUUAACACUAAGAUUGAAAAUUAUGAAUCUAGUGUAUUCGAAGCUGACGGCUUUAAAUGGAAAUUGUCUCUUUACCCAAAAGGAAACAUGAAAAGGGGUGUGAACGGUCACAUUUCUCUUUACUUGGCAAUAGCAGAGGCAAAAACCCUUCCUCUUGGUUGGGAGGUUAAUGCCAACUUCAAAUUGUUUGUGUACAAUCAUAUUCAAGAUAAAUACUUAACCAUCCAAGAUGUCGAGGGGGGAAUUAGGCGGUUUCAUCGGAUGAAGACUGAAUGGGGUUUUGAUGAAUUGGUUCCUUUAGACAGUUUCACUGAUGCUUCCAAAGGAUAUCUGCUUGAUGACUGCUGUGUGUUUGGAGCAGAGGUUUUUGUUAUAAAAUAUUAUGGCAAAGGCGAAUCUGUGUCAAUGAUGAAGGAUCCUCUGAACAAGGGUUACACUUGGCAAAUUAGUAAAUUUUCAGCAAUGGAUAAGGAAUUUCUUCUCACUUGGAAAAUUACUAAUUUUUCAGCAAUUGAAAAUGAAAGUUUGCUCUCUGAAGAGGUGGUUUUUGGGGAGCACAAGUGGCAAUUAGGGCUUUUUCCCAAAGGAUCGGGAACUGCAAAAGGUAAAAGCCUCUCAGUUUUUCUGAAGCUUGCUGACUGGGAAACAAUUCCUUCUGAACAGAAAGUCUAUGCUGAAUAUAAGUUUGUUAUAAGGGACCAGGUCCAAAGUAAUCAUUUCUACAAGGAUGAGGAAGCUAUCAAAAAUUGGUUCGUUCCCUCAGGCAUUGGCUAUGGUUAUAGAGACUUCUUGUCCCUAAGCGACCUCAAUGACACAUCAAAGGGCUUCCUGGUGAACGAUGCCAUAAUUGUUGAAGCAGAAAUCAAGCUCUAAUUUUAUGUAUGGAAGGAGACGUUGGAGGAAUGAAGAAGCGGUAGAAAUAUCAUUUAAAAAUCUUCUUCAUGUUGUCAUUCAGGAUACACAAAACAUGAAAUGUGAUUUUAGCUUGCCUUUUCACUUAUUGAUGUGACCUCAUUUCCAUUUACUUAAUUUAAAUGAAUCUGUUUUCAAA